AUGAUUAUUCACCACCCGAAUGCACUGUCCUGGGCUGGAGGGAGGACCCUGAAUCUGCAGGGGUCCGAUUUGGCAUGCACAAUGAUGCUGGUUGGCGAUCUCGCAUUGCCCGAAACCGCACUUCUCACAGUACAGGCUCUAGUCGCUUUGGUCGAAGACCAAAGACUCCAACACGCUCGCCAGAUUACGACGGAGGAGGACGACGCUACACCCACCAUCACCAGACUCCCCAGCAAUACCCUUGUUUACACGAGCACCGCAGAGCUGGAUUCGGCCGAGAUCGAAAAGCUGAAGUCACAAUUUCAAAUCGUUAUUGGAGUGAGCAGCCUGGGCACUACAAGCGCUCAGGUAACCAUAUUCUACAACAACCACCACCUUUCCGCAGGUCAAGCAAGCUACCUGGCUCAGACUAUGGAGUCAUCAUUGGAGAUUGUCGUCAACCAAGCUUCGACGAAGACAAGAGAAGUCAUUCUCUUGACCCGGCCGCAAAAACAGCAGCUCGAACUCUGGAACACGACGCCUCCGGAGCGAGUGCCUGCCUGUUUUCACGACCAAUUCCUCAAGGCGGUCAAAUCACACCCUAACAACUCCGCGGUCGACGCUUGGGACGGCCACUUCACCUAUCUAGAGCUAGAGAGAGCGUCGAGGGCACUGGCUAUGCACCUUCAGGCUGCGGGCGUGGGACUUGGAGCUCGUGUUCUGGUCUGCGCAGAAAAGUCCAAGAUGACCCCUGUCGCCUGGCUCGCAGUCCUGAGAGCUGGCGCCACCUUGAUUCCCGUCGAGAUGCUUCUGCCACUAGCCCGGCUGAAGCAGAUUGUGCAGGCCGCGGGUGUUGUCGCGGUGCUUUCCACCCCGAAGUACUUGCCGACUGCACAGGAACUCAGUGCGAAUGUCUGUGUGGUCGAUAACGAGCAUAUUGAUUUGGACCACGCCCCGUCACCAUCUGUCGAGUUUCCCACGGCUGGUCCAGAUGAUACGGCAUUCAUUAUGUUCACGUCCGGCUCCACAGGUGUACCCAAGGGCAUCGCCACUACCCACGGGGCAUUUUGCUCAUCGCUGUUGAAAUUGACCAGUUUGCUUACCGCCACUAGGGUACUGCAGUUCACGUCGUACAGCUUCACUCCCGCCUUGUACGAGAUCUUGCUGCCUCUCAUACCACACUACGUCGCCUGCAUCUGCAUUCCAUCAGACCACUCGCGAAUGAACGAUUUGGAGAGGUACAUUCGCGAUUCAGAGGUCGACAUGGCCAUCAUGGUGCCGUCUCUGCUACGAGCUCUCAGGCCAGAAGAAAUGGAUUGCCUCAAGCUUCUUGUCCUCGUUGGCGAACCAAUGGGCCCCUCCGAAGUCGCUCGGUGGACGCCUCACGUCAAGUUACUCUAUAGCUACGCCAGUUCUGAAAACGGACUGGUCACUGCCAACGGCCGCCUAGCAGAGUUGAGCGACGUCCGCAACAUUGGCUACGGAUUCGGCGACUGCUGGAUUGUCGAUCCCCAGGAUCACAACGUACUCCUCCCUAUUGGAGCUGUGGGCGAGCUGCUCGUCUACAGCCCUUGCACUGCCUCCGAGUACAUCAACCAGCCAGAAAGGACAAGGGAGACAUGGCCCAGAAGUGCUUCCUGGAUGACGAGCCCCCGAGCGGACUGCCGAUUUUGCCGCACGGGCGACCUCAUGUACUUCAACUCCGAUGGCAGUCUGAGCUACGUGGGUCGCAAAGACACGAUGAUCAAGAUCCGUGGUCAACGGAUCGAGGUGUCUGAGAUAUCCAGAGCCAUUAUCGCACAGGAGGGAAUCGAGGCAGCGGUGGUAAUCUCGCCAGGCCGAGGGCGUUGUGCAGGCACGGUCACGGCUGUGUUGAAGCUCAGCGGCGACCUGCCCUGUGGAGAAGACGAGCUCUUGCAGAUGGAUAAAUUGCGAGCCGUGUCUGGUGCUCUUUGUACCGCGACAGUGGCAAGACUGACUGAGAGUCUGGCCAGUUCUCUCCCGGAGUACAUGGUCCCUACAAGGUGGAUUACAGUCGAUAAAAUUCCUCUCACAAUCACUGGAAAGCCGGACCGUAUGACGAUCACGGCAUGUGUGGACGACAUCAACGACAGCAUCUUUGAGCGACUUUUCCAGUCUGCCGAGACUUCAGCCGCCACGAGUGAGGACCAGCGUUCGCUGACUCCGACGGAGAAACAACUUGUCGCGAUCUGGGCCGAAACCCUCCGGCGCAGUGAGCUUGAUAUCAAGCCGCACGACUCAUUUAUAGCCAAUGGUGGAGACUCGAUAUCUGCAAUCACGGUCACCAAGCUUUGUCGAGCACAGAAUCUGCUCCUGACAGUCCGCGAUGUACUUGGCAGCAAGUCUCUGUUCGAAAUGGUUGAGCUUGUCAAGGAGGUUGGCGUACAGGCCGCCGCAUCAGAACAGGUCUCAACCUCAGCCAUACUGUCUCCCCAUAGAUUUGCACCGGCUGAAGACCAGCAAGACUACAACACGGUCAGCGUGGCGCCCUGUUCCCCGAUGCAGGAGUCGAUUCUGCUCAGUCAGUCGCAGCUGCACGAUAGCUACCAGUGCUCUUUCAUCUUCAAGGUGUCUGCGAAGUUCGCAGUGGACCUUGAACAAUUCAAAAGCUCCUGGCAAAUGGUCGUGGACCGCCAUUCGAUCCUGCGCACCGUCUUCAUUGAGAGCAAGACUAGGAUAGGCACUAUGGAUCAAGCAAUACUGCGUCAUCACAAAGCCAACAUCUCUACAUUCAACCUGCUGCGGUCACGUGUGGAUCCUCUGACAAUCCUGCACAGCCAUCAGGUUAUUUACAAUGAGAGCGAGCCACCACACGCCAUGACGUUUUGCCAGACUGGCAAGAAAGAAGUCGUCCUUAAGCUCGACAUAUCGCAUCUCAUCUUUGAUGGCUUUUCCCUGCAAAUCAUUGUGCGCGACCUCGUUCUGGCACUGGGCGGCCACCUCGAGGUCCAAGGCGCUCCAGACUUUAUCGACUAUGUGGACCUGGUAGCAAAGAUUGACACUGCCGAGUCAACUACAUUCUGGCGCAAUGCCCUCUCGGACUUCGAGCCUUGCCGGAUUGGGCGUCUGAACUUCGCACCCAACGACGCUGAGGAUGAGUGGGAUGAAGACAAUUGCCUCCUUCAGAUAUCAGAAGGGAUCCCACAAGUCGCUGAAAUAGGUCAGUUUGCCAGAGAGCGGGGAGUGACCGUCUCUGGUGUGCUUCAGCUCGCGUGGGCGGUUGUCCUGCGGCAGCUUAUGAACCGCGAUGACGUGGCUUUUGGCCUGCUCAUGUCUGGCAGAGAUGCUCCAUUGCCAGGUGUUGAGGACAUGGUUGGCCCUCUGAUCAACACCAUCACCUGCCGAGCGAACCUAGCCGGAGACAACCUGACAGUGUUGGAGGCGCUUAAAAGCCAGCAGACAGCGCUCCUGGACAACUUGGACCACCAAUAUGUGUCCCUCGGUCGGGUGCAGAACGCACUCGGAGUUAAAGAGAACCUCUUCACGACGUCCAUGUCGGUCCUCACCGUACCUGACGCUUUCACGUCUGCUGCAGCGGCGAUUGGAUUCAACGCGGAGCUCAUUCAACAUCGCCAGCCGACCGAGUUUGAAAUCACAAUCAACCUGCAAGUGUCUGAGAGCAAGAUCAAUGUACAAAUGGACUACUGGAGCAGCCAUAUUCCCACCGAGAAUGCGGAGAGCAUCAUGGCCAGCUACUUGAAGACGAUCCAGUCCAUCGUGUGCAGUUCGCCAUCGACCACCAUCAGAAACCUAGACAUCAUUGGCGACAAGGAUCUCGAGCAAAUAACUCAGUGGACCCAGGCGACGAUGAGGCCACCCAUCGAAGGGACUGUGCACGAAUUGUUUCGUACACGGGCACGGCAGCAGCCGACCUCAGAGGCCCUGUGCUCUGACCAAGGGUCUUUCACGUACCAGGAGCUCGACGCAAUGACAGAUCUGGUCGCGACUCGAAUCCUCCAGCAGUUGUCCAAAGUCGAUGGAGAUAGCAAGUACGUCCUGGUCUGCGCAGAGAAGUCCGUCUGGACUGUCGUUGCGCUACUCGCUGUGCUCAAAGCUGGCUGCGCCUGUGUUCCUUUGGAUCCUUCGCAUCCAGUCCAGAGACUCCAGCACAUCAAAAGCCAGUGCGAUGCCAAGCUGCUGCUGGUUUCAGAUGCGACCAGCCACUUGGGUAACGUACUGGCUCUCGAGACCCUACCGGUUGAUCAGAGGCUCGUUGAGGACUCACAGGGCGAAAAGAACUCUGGCGUCCUUCGGCCAGGAAGUCCCGAAGACGAUGCAUACGUGAUAUUCACGUCUGGAUCGACCGGAGUUCCCAAGGGCAUCAUGCUCCAGCACAGAGCUCUGAGGUCUAGCAUCGAGCGCCACAUAGGGCCGAUGGGCUUCGAGCCGGGCUGCCGAGUGCUGCAGUUUGCUGCAUACGUCUUUGACCUGAGCGUUGCCGAGAUCUUCACCACCUUGUGUGUUGGAGGGACCGUGUGCGUGCCGUCGGACGAGCAGCGGAUGGACGGCCUCGUCGACUUUAUCAACAAGUACGAUGUCAGCUGGGUGUGGUUCACACCGUCGUUUGUGCGGACUCUCCAGCCCAGCCAAGUUCCGUCGAUCAAGACCAUGGUCGUCGGCGGUGAGCGUAUGACGGAGGACGUGAUACGCACAUGGGCGCCCAGUCUCCAGCUCCUGCAGGGUUACGGUCCUGCAGAGACGGCUGUCUUCAUGUCCAGGGCGGCGUACUCGAGAAGCCCGAGCUUCGAGAACCUGGACAAGUCGAACGUCGACCGCGCAUACGGCUCGGCUAUGAUCAUCGCCGACGUCCACAAUCCCAACAAGCCCGUGCCGAUCGGAGGUGUUGGCGAGAUCAUCAUCACCGGCCCAAUCCUGGCGAGGGGUUACAUCGGUAACAAAGAAAUGUCUUCGUACUCGUUUGUAAAGGGCCUGAAGCUCCCUGGUGGCACGCCGGACCAGCAGUACUACCGAUCUGGAGAUCUUGGCCGUCUCAAUGCUGACGGGACCGUUUCUUUCGUCGGCCGCAAGGAUGCACAGGUCAAACUGCGCGGCCUGCGUAUUGAGCUCGGCGAGAUCGAAUCUGUCCUCGGCGUCACUGCUGCAGUAUUGCUACCCUCAGAGGGACCUGGCAAGAACCAGAUCGUUGCCGUGCUCGCCCUUGACGAUGUGCUUUCGGCCACGGCCGGGCUAGUUCUUGCUAAUGGGGAUGUCUCCCAACGAGCGGCACAGAAGAUUGAGGAGCUGAGGGACAGCAUUGCCACCAAGCUCGCCUCAUACAUGAUGCCUUCAGUGUGGAUCGUGCUCAAAGCCCUCCCGAUAAUGAGUUCGGGAAAACUGGAUCGUGGUCGCCUGAGUCGCUGGCUCUCGACAAUGGACGAGAGCACGUACACAGAUAUUGUGCAGGGCUCGGAGAAGUCAGAGGGCUUCCGAGAACAGUACUCUGUCGCCAGCCCCCAGGAGCUGAUCCUCCUUCAAGCUGUAGCAGACACGCUGAACAAGCCUCUAGAGGGUGGCCGCAUCAGUCUCCGGGCGUCCUUUCUUGCUGCUGGGGGUGAUUCUAUAUCGUCCAUGCAGCUUUCGGCACGUUGCCUUGGUCUAGGCUAUCGUCUCAGAUCUCGUGAUAUCCUCCAAGCCAAAUCCCUGACAGCGCUCGCGGGUCUGAUGAAACCGUUGGCGCCAGCCAUCGCCCCCGUGGAGGAUCUGCUUGAGCAGAACCACGAUCUCCCAUUCACUCUUGGCCCCAUUCAGCAGAAACACUUUCUUUCGAACCCAGACGGCCAUCAACACUUCAACCAGCCCUGCAUUUUUGAGAUUACCAGGGACUGCAGCCCACAGUCGAUGGAGGAAGCUCUCCGAGGAGUAGUCAAGCACCACGGCAUGCUGCGCACGACAUACCAGAAGAUCGGGAAGACAUGGCAUCAACGAACUGCACCAAAGGAGCAGGCCGACAAGUUCCUCAUAUUCGAACAGCAUCGCAAAACCACAUUCGAUGAGGUUCUGGACGUCCUCAAGAUGGAUCAGCUGAGGACUGAUUUCUUGGGUGGGCCACUGCUCGUUGCCUCCAUGGUCACUACCACUGACUCUGGGACAAUGCUUGUGCUGACUUGCCAUCACCUGGUGGUCGAUAUCGUCAGCUGGAGCAUCAUCAUGCACGACAUGGGAGAUCUACUGGAGGGUCGGCAGUUGUUGCCAGCCACCAUGCCUUUUCCACAGUUCAUCAAGUGGCAGCAGGAUCACGCUCAAUCAGUUCCUGAGUCGAGAUCGGCGACACCCGAGAGGUCCAAGGACGACUCUGAGAAAGCCAGAAAGUACUGGAACUUCACUGAACAGAGUAAUGUCUACCGUGACGAGGAGCAUUCGACUUUCCAGCUAUCUGCACAAUCCACCGAGAGUCUGAUGAGCAUCGCAUCCGGCGGCACAAGAUAUGAGCCAAUGGAUGCCAUCUUGGCAGCCCUGCUACACUCUUUUUGCAGUGUGUUCCCUGACCGAGCUGCGCCUUCAGUUCAUCUUGAAAGUCACGGACGCCAGACUGGGGACGAGGAAGAUGCAGACGUUUCCAGGACUGUGGGGUGGUUUACAACAAUAGCCAACAUGGCUGCCAAUGUGUCACCAGGAACCGGCUUACUGGACGCGCUCAAGUCUGUGAAGACAGCUCGGCAUGCCAUGGCCGAGAACGGAUCAACUGGGUUUAUCCAGACAUACGGUUGCCAUGAUGGCGAGGACUGCCCGGUGGCCGCUGAUGACACCAUAGAGCUGCUCUUCAAUUUCCUCGGAGAGCAGCAGAACUCUGGACAUGGCAAUGCAUUAUUCAGAUCCGUCCACUACGAGGGCGCUGCCAUGGUGGGUUUUGGGCCAGACUUGGCCCGGACAGCACUCAUCGAGAUCAAUGCGCUGGUCCACGACGGAUCUCUGCUGGUUAGCACGGGGUUCCAUAAGGCACUCAGGGCGACAAUGGGUUCGAUACCACAAUGGAUGGACUCGUUUCAACAGAGUCUCAGCAACCUCGCCGGACUGGUCGCCAACAUCUCUCCGUUCUUUACAACUUCAGACUUCCCUCUAUCGAGCUUGUCACAGGCCGACCUGGACAUAUUGAUGGCAGACUGCAUCGCAUCAGGUGUCAAGCUCCACGAAAUCGAGGACGUGUACCCAUGCACCCCAAUGCAACAGGGGCUUCUCAUCAGCCAGCAGAAGUCUCCCGAGCAAUAUGUCGUCGAGGCCAUUACCAAGCUGUCCAGCCGCAACGGUGAACACAUCGACAUCAACCGACUCGCGGCUGCAUGGGAUCUCGUGGUACAGCGCCAUCCCAUCUUACGAACCAUCUUCGUGCAGACUGCGAGCGCAGAAUUGUUUUGCCAGGUUGUGCUCAAAAAGGUACCGUCUGCUGUCAACUUGUUGCGGGAUGUUCCCACGGACACGGCACAUGAUGGUCGCAGCCCUGCGGCGCUCUGGGCAGGGACUCGGUACCAUUCUUUCACGUCGCCUUGGGUCAUGACACUGGCGAGGAGCGAGUCCGGACAGGAGGUUGAUUUCUGCCUCAAGAUCAACCACGCCAUCAACGACGCUCACUCGAUGUCUCAGGUCACGCGUGAGCUUGUCCAGAUCUACCAUGGGGAAAAGGCCGGCCACUCUCUUGCACCAGUUUCUGGGUACGCCGAGUAUGUCCGUUUCCUCCAGCAGCAAGACGUGCACGCCACCCUCGAUCACUGGUCCAAGUACCUGGACGGCAUCACCCCUUGCCACUUCCCCGUCCUCGAGCACAGCAGCAGCAACGCCGAGCUCGAUCGGACACAACAUGGCUCGCGAACCAUUAUCCGGUCUCUCCAAGAACAUCGUGAACAAGCCCAGCGGUUCUGCACCGAAAACGAGACGACCUUGUCGACCAUCUUCCAGGUCGUUUGGUCGGUCGUCCUGGCUCAGUUCACGGGCACAGACGCCGUCUGCUUCGGCUAUCUGAAUUCUGGGCGCGACAUUGAGCUCCGAGAUGCUCAAGACCCCCACGACAUAUGCGGGCCUCUGAUCAAUACACUGGUCUUCAGGGCCAAUGUAGACCCCAGCCAGACAGUCGCGGCUGCGAUAGAGCAAGCGCAGCGUGAUCACUUUGACAACUUGCCGCACCAGCACGCCUCGCUGGCGAUGCUGCAGCAGCGGCUGGGUCUUUCUGGCCGUGCGCUGUUCAACACGGCUGUCUCCUUUGCGCGUUUCAAGGACGACAGUUACGGACUGGACCCCUCGUCGGUCCUCGUGCCCAGCUUGAAAUUCAUGUACGACCCGACUGAAUACCUGUGCUCGUUGAACGUGGAGUCGAGCGACACGACACUCGGAUUCGCAUUCAACUAUCAGUACGAGUCGAUGCCGUCGUCUCUGGCAGAGCAUGUUGCAGAAGCCGUCGAGACCAUCUUCUCGUCCAUCAUUUCUGGCAGCCCGAGCGGCCUCUCUGCCGAAGACCAGGGCGGACAGACUCUGGGCGAGAUCAGCCUCGUGGGCGCCUCGAGCAUGCAGCAGCUCAACAAGUGGAACUCGCCAGAGCUUCCUCCAGCCGUCGAACGCUGCGUGCACGAUAUUGUGGAGGACAUGGUCGCCUCGCAGCCCGACCACCCUGCGGUCUGCUCGUGGGAUCUGGAGCUGACUUACAAGCAGCUGGACGACCUGGCCAACGACCUGGCACGCCGCCUGCGAGCAUGCGGCGUGGGACCCGAGGUUCUGGUGCCCUUGUGUUUUGACAAGAGCGGCUGGCACGCGGUCGCCAUGCUGGCCAUCAUCAAGGCGGGUGGUGCUUGCGUCCCGAUGGACCCGUCACACCCUGCAAGCCGACUGACCGAGGUUGUGACCACUGUCGAGGCCAGAGUGAUGCUCGUCUCCCAUCAGCAUGCCGCACUCUUCCGGCCUCUCGUGGACGUGCUUGUGGUCACGGGCCCAGCUGGCGGCUUUGAGAUCACGGGAGCAGCAGCUGGGCCGUCUCGAGCUGCGGUUGGCACUCGCCCUGUCGAGCCGCACCAUCUGGCCUCUGUCGUCUUCACAUCUGGAAGCACGGGCAAGCCAAAGGGGAUCAUGUUGCACCACUCUGCGCUGGCGUCGGCCGCGGUGGCCUACGGGGAGAUGGACAAGAUCGGCCAGCACUCGCGCGUGCUCCAGUUUGCGGCCUACAUGUUCGACAUGAGCGUCGGCGACCACUUUACGACGUUGAUGCGCGGCGGCACCAUCUGCGUGCCCUCGGAGCACGAGCGUGUCAACGACCUCGCCGGCGCGAUCGCAAAGUACCGCGCCAACUGGGCCUUCCUCACCCCGAGCGUCGCCAGCGUCCUCGAGCCCCGCGAUAUUGCCGGCAUGCACUUCAUCGCCCUCGGCGGCGAGCGUGUCCCGAGCGAGACAGUCCGGCGCCUGGCCGCACACACCUGCCUGUCCGUCACGUACGGCCCGGCCGAGACGUCGAUGACCAUGGCCGGCAACAUUGGCAUCGACGCAGACGCCAACCCGGCAAACUUUGGCCACCAGGUCGGCACCUACAUGUGGCUCGUCGACCCCCAUGACUACAACCGCCUCGUCCCCGUCGGCGCCGUUGGCGAGAUCCUCAUCGAGGGGCCCCCCGUCGCCAGGGGCUAUCUCAACGACUCAGACAAGACCGCCGCCGCCUUCGUCACGGACCCUGCCUUCCUCUCUCGGGCCACACCCCAAGGCCAUGCUGGUGGUGCGCCGCGCAGGAUGUACCUCUCCGGCGACCUCGGCCGGUACAACGCGGACGGCUCCGUGUCCUUUGUCGCCCGCAAGGACAACCAGGUCAAGGUCCGAGGCAACCGGACCGAACUCGGCGAGGUCGAAGCACACCUGUGGAACCACCCUGCCGUCCGCCACGGCCUGGCUGUCAUGCCGACCUCGGGGCCUCUGGCAAAUCGCAUCGUGGCAGUCUUGUCCAUGCGUAGUUCUCAGACUGCCUCGGCAACGAAGCGGCCUCUGUCGGGGCUGGACCUGCUCUCGCGGGAGAUGAGGGCAGAUGUCCAGGCCGAGAUCGAGCAGGUCAAGAACGUGGUCAUGAACAAACUCCCCUCCUACAUGGUCCCCGCACGCUGGCUGGUGGUCCAGAAGGUGCCGCUCAACACCUCUGGCAAGAUAGAUCGCAACAGAAUUCGCGACUGGGUGGAGGCAUUGGAGGAGUCCGCCCUGGAAGAGCAUCUGGCGCUGGACACUGCUCCAGCCGUGUCCGAGGGCGAUCUCACGGACAUGGAAAAACGCAUUCGCGACACAGUUGCCCAUGUGCUGAACAAAGAAGGCGACGUGUCCAUCUCCAGGUCCUUUGUGAGUCUUGGUGGCGAUUCCCUGACUGCGAUGCAGGCAGUCUCGUACAUCCGGAGGCACGGAAUCUCCAUCUCCGUACAGGACAUCCUGCAAAGCCCAAGUCUCUCAGAGCUCGCAAGGUCGGCGAAGACACUAGCCAGCUUGGACAGUGCCAAGAUCGGUAUCCCAGAGGAGGUCGAGGACCAAUACUUUGAUCUCUCCCCCAUCCAGCAACAGUUCUUCCGCUUGAUGCCAAAUGGCACACAACGAUACAACCAGAGCUUCGUGGUUCAGGUGACAAAACAAGUGGCUGAGUCCAGCUUGUCAGAAGCCCUGGAAGCAAUAGCCAAACGACACUCCAUGCUUCGGGCAGUGUUCCAGCAGGAAGCUGGAGGCCAAUGGCGGCAAAAGGUCCGCCGUAUGGCUGGCUCAGCUCGCGAUCGUUUCUUCCACAUCCGCACACACCAUCGCGAAGCCGGCGCCUCGUCGCUCUCGUCCUUUGUUGCCGACAUCCUCGCCAGAUCCGACUUUGACAUCUCCAAUGGUCCACUGUUCAGUGCACACCUGAUCGACACCCGUGCCCGGGACGGUACUGCGGAAAACGACCAGCACAUCGUCCUCGUCGCGUCACAUCUCAUAGUUGACUUGGUGUCCUGGAGAGUGAUUCUCGGGGAUCUUGAGGACUUGCUGUUGAAGAGAAACUUCAAUGGUCGUGAGGCUGGACCGCUAUCCUUCCAAUCAUGGCUCAAUCUCCAAAGCAAAUACAGCGCCCUUAAUCACCUUCCCUCCAAGGCGCUGGGCGUGGCUGCGGCGCCUGGCCUGCCAGACUAUUCAUUCUGGGGAAUGCAAAACACCGACAAUCGGAUAGGGGAUUCGACGACGCUGUCCUUCAAGCUGGAUGCUUCGACCACCACUGCCGUCCUCGGGGAUGCUAAUGACGCUUUCGCUUCUGAGGCGGUCGACCUGAUGAUCGCUGCAGUGCACCAUGCCUUUUCCAGCAUUUUCCCGGAACGCGAGUCCGCAACUACUUACAUUGAGGGUCACGGGAGGGAGAGCUGGGAUUCAUCCAUCGACCUCACCAACACCGUCGGCUGGUUCACCACCAUCGCGCCAGUCAGCGCAGCCAACAGCAAGGACGGUGCAGCUGACCCUUUGUCCACGAUCGUAGACAUCAAGGACUCGAGGCGCUCGCUCGACAGCAACGGCUGGGCGUUCUUCUGUUCGCAAUAUCUCAACGAAGAGGGCCGCAAGCAGUUUGACAAGCUGCGUUGGCCCGAGAUUCUCUUCAACUACACGGGCAAGUAUCAGCAGCUCGAGAGACAAGACGCUCUGUUCCGCAGGCCCAGUGGGGUCGACGUGGCGGAUCUGGAGCAGCACAACUAUUCCGGGGACGCCGUCCGGACUGGACUGAUUGAUGUCCUCGUCGUUGCCGACGCGCACUGCCUUGAAUUCACGUUCAUAUGGAACAAGAACAUGAAGCACCAAACUCGCAUUCAAGCCUUUGUCGCGCAGUGUCAACGCGUAUUGGAGCAGAUGGCCAGGGUCCUGCCUUCGCUCCCAAGACGUCUAACACGGUCGGACAUGCCACUGAUGGCGCCACCGCUCACUCAAGAGGACCUCUCCCGAGUCGAGAGCCAGCUGGCGCGCAGAGGCGUGCACGACGUCGGCGUGGCACAAGAGGUCUAUCCGCUCUCCAAGGUGCAAGAGGGCAUGCUGCUAUCGCAACAAAAGGGCCAAGACGCGUACAUGUUCUUCACCGUCAUCCAGAUCACGACCGCUUCGUCCGCACAGGCGCAUCAGGGUGCGAGGCUGCUCCAAGCCUGGCGCAGCGUGGUCCAGCACCAUCCCAUGUUGAGGACUGUUUUCCUGGACGGCGAGACUGUUGGUGGCGGUUACAACCAGGUCACACUCAAGACUACCGAUAUUGAGACUGAACAUGUCCACGUCGCCAGUGUGUCCCAAGCGAUUGCGAAGCUAGACUCUGCCGGAAGCUCGAUAGACUUCCGCGCGGCACUGCCCCCUCAUCGCUUCACGCUCUGCACGACCGACGAAGACGCCAUGUUUCUCAAACUCGAGAUGGACCACAAAAUCAUCGAUGGGUUCAGCUUCGGCGUCCUGCUCCAAGACCUCUCCCUUGCAUAUGAUGGUCGGCUCGCUGGUGAUGGCCGCCCUGCUCCGGCCUACAGUAACUACGUCUCGUUUGUCAACCAGCAACACGCCGAGAGCAGCGCGCACAUCCGGCACUGGCAGGAGUACCUCCAGGGUGCUGCUCCUUGCUAUUUCCCCGCGCUCCUGGAUGGCAAGCCGGACCCGGCAGCUAAGGGACAGUCCACGGCCCAUGUAGAUGUCGACCUCGGCUUCUCCGAGCUCGAAGAGUUCUGCAUGAAGCGGGGAAUCACCGUCUUCACGCUUCUUCAGGUCAGCUGGGCUCUCGUCUUGCGUGAAUUCACAGGUUCCGACCAGGUCUGCUUUGGCUUCCUCGCUGCUGGCCGCGACGCCCCGGUCGAGGGCAUCGAAAGGCUCAUUGGUCCCGUCAUAAACAUGAUGACUUGCUACCUAGACUUCUCCGGCGCCGAGCAAGUCGACGCGCUGCUCCAGACGACACAGAAGCAGUGGCUGGCCAACAUGGAGCACCGCCACGUCGCACUAGCCGACAUCCAUCACGCCCUGGGCCUUUCCAGCGAGACCGCACUGUUCAACACGAUCUUGUCACUGCAGAAGGCGAAGGACUCUAGCCUAGUGACCGCCCUGGGCGGCUCGAGCGGCUCCAUCCUCGAGACCGCGCGCCGUGUUGCGGGGACGGAUCCCACGGAGUACGCCAUUGCCGUGGACAUUACAACAUCGGCGUCGGCGAUAGAGAUUGAGCUCUCCACGCAGAACAGCCUCGUCUCCCCUGCCAUGGCGGAGAACGUUGCGUCCAACUUUGCCGAGGCCAUUAGGGCCGUGAUACGGGCCGAGAGCAGCACGCGCCCUGGCGACUUGGCCGUGCUCUCGCCACGCAAUAUCGAAGCCAUCCACGGAUGGAACAAGGUUGCCGGCGACAACGGCCGCUCAGGCUUGGGCACCAUUAUUGUGGAUGCCUGCAUCCACGACCUCGUCAGUGCUCGGGCAGCGCUCACGCCGAACAAGGAGGCUGUCGUGGGAUGGGACGGCAGUUUCACUUACGCCGAGCUGGACGAGAUGGCCGAUCAGCUUGCAGCGCAUCUCAUCAGUCAAGCUGAGCGCGUGGCCGACACAAACACCGUGGCCCUUGAAGCGGGCUCGAUCAUUCCGUUCUGUUUCGAGAAGUCGGUGUGGACUGUCGUCGCGCUGCUGGCUGUACUAAAGACGGGCCGGGCCUGCGCAGCCCUCAACCCGGAGUACCCCGACGACCGACUGCGGAGCAUCGUCGAUGCCACCCGAUCCAACCUGAUCAUCUCCUCGCCCACUCAGGCGGGCCGUAUGAAGAGGCUUGCCGGACAGGUUGUCGCAGUCUCUCCUGCGACACUAGGCCAGCUGCCGAAACGUUCUCGCGAGGAGGUCGCAGCGGCGCUGGAGACGGAAAGGAGCAGACCUCACAGAACAUUGUCUCCCGCCUUCAUCAUGUUUACGUCGGGAAGCACGGGAACUCCCAAGGGCGUCAUCAUCGAGCACAAGGCCCUGGCGACUUCUUCCCGAGCCCACGGCCGCGCUCAGCACGUUCACGAGUCAACCAGGGCGAUCCAGUUUGCGUCGUACACAUACGACGUCAGCGUCGAGGAGAUCUUCACUACUCUUCAGCGCGGCGGCACCGUCUGUGUGCCUUCUGACGCCGAGCGUGCGGACAACAUCGGGGGAGCCAUUGCUCGGUAUGGGGCGACCUGGGGCGACCUCACGCCGACGGUCGUUUCUCUGAUCCAGCCUGACACGGUGCCAUCGCUCAAGACGAUCUGCCUUGGCGGCGAGCCGGUGCGGCAGGACGUGGUCGACACCUGGGCUGGACGGGUCGAGCUCAUCAACGGGUACGGGCCGGCAGAGGCCAGUGUGGCCUGCGUCGUCUCCGUCGAGGACCUGGGCAAGCCCGGUGUAGAUCCCGCCGACAUUGGAGUCGGUGUCGGAUGUAGCACCUGGGUGGCCGAUCCCAGAGACCACAACAAGCUGGCCCCUGUUGGUGUUAUUGGGGAGCUUCUCAUCGAGGGUCCCGUCCUGUCCCGUGGCUAUCUGGGCGACGCGGACAAGACUGCCGCGUCCUUUGUCACCGACCCGAGCUGGGCUCCGAGAGCGAUGCGGGCGUACCGUACUGGAGACCUCGUGCGCUAUACGUCUCGUGGCACCUUGGUGUUCGUCGGCCGCAAGGAUUCGCAGAUCAAGAUCCGCGGGCAGCGUGUCGAGCUGGGCGAUGUCGAGUGGAACCUGUCUUCGUGCCCGUCCUUGAAUGGCGUUCUGGUAUCGUUCCCAAAGAAGGGCAGCUGUGCUGGGCAGCUUGUUGCCGUGGUGGCGCUGCAGAAGGCCACUGCGGACUCGCCAUCCGAGAGUCCAGACGCUGUGACCGGCUGUGCCAACGCAGUGACACUGGUACCGCCAUCUGAUCGAACGUCCUCCGCGCUCGCCAAGGCAACCGACUGGCUCUCGAGCCGCCUCCCGGACCACAUGAUCCCCCGCGUGUGGGCGUUUGUCGAAAACUUGCCGACCACAAUGUCUGGAAAGCUGGACCGCAAGGCUGUCGACACAUGGCUCAACGCCAGUGACGAAGCACUCCUCCGGCAGCUCAAGGACUUUGACAACCACAGCAUCGGCACGGCACCAGUGGCAAACGCAGCAGAGCGAAAACUUCAGGCCAUGUGCGCCGAGGUCCUCAACCAGCCCAUCAGCGAAAUGCAUCUCGCACGGUCCUUUACCAGGCUCGGCGGCGACUCAAUCUCCGCCAUGCGUCUCGCGUCCCACGCCCGAGCCAACGGGCUCGUCAUCUCUGUUCAGAGCAUUCUUCGCGCGAAGACGCUGGCUGCCAUUGCCGCGAGCGCUCAUGCCGCCACGUCCACAUCACAGAACAAACAGCUAUCGCAGUUUGUGGACCAGGCGGACGUGGCUUUCCCGCUUACACCGAUGCAAGAACUACACUUUCGUCUCUAUCCAGGCGGCGAGAAUCAUUAUAACCAGAGCUUCGCCGUCUCCCUCGAAGCUCCAGUCUCCGAAAAUGAGUUGUACAAUGCUCUGCGCGUGCUCGUGCAGAAGCAUUCCAUGUUGAGGGCUCGAUUUCAGAAGAAGACCGGCGAAAACAUGUGGCAGCAAUACAUCACCAGCAAUGUGACGGAGUCUUUCCGCCUCGAGACACACACAGUGGACACGAUGGCCUCCAUGGGGCCAUUCUGCCAGAGGGCUCAGGAAUCUCUGGACCUGCAGACGGGGCCCCUAUUCUGCGGCGUGCUGUUCAACGCCGCGAACGACGGGAGCCAGUGCCUGUUCUUGGUUGCCCAUCAUCUUGUCACGGAUCUCGUGUCGUGGCGAGUACUAUUGCACGACCUGGAACUGACUCUGUACAAGAACGAAGGGGUGCCUGGAGGAAGCGUGUUAUCUUUCCAGGCCUGGAGCCGUCUUUCCCUGGCUCAUCGGCAACCAAAGCAGGCUGUGCAGACCAAACAGCCGUCGUUGCCGGUCUUCGACUACGGGACCUUCUGGGACUUGGUGCCGGAGGGGCACACUUUCACAAACUGCAAGAUUUCUGGAUUCUCCCUGGCCGAAGACCGGACAGCGGCUUUCCUCAGAUUUGCUGACAAUUCCUUCGGAGUUGAAGCAAUUGAUAUCCUGCUCGGGAGCUUGAUAUUUUCUUUCAGGGAGACAUUUGCAGAUCGCCCCAGCCCGAUCGUGUUCAGCGAAGGUCACGGACGUGAAAGCUGGGACGAUAAUGUCGAUCCGUCAGAGACUGUUGGAUGGUUCACCAUUCUCGUUGCGGUAUGCGUGGAUUCGGAGGGUGCCAACCUUAGUCUCGUCAAGACAAUCCUGCGAGCAAAGGACGUCCGCAAGAGAAUCGAACCGCAACGGCUGCGCCAUUUCUCGACUUUGCUUGACACUCAACUCGCCGAGAGGCCCAUCGUCGAGGUUCUUUUCAACUACCUCGGCCGAUUCCAGGAACUGGAACGUGGGGAGUCCAUGCUCAAACCGCUAGCCCGCGCACAGCAGGCCUGGACAGACGUGAAUCUGCAAGCGAAGCGGGACUCAAUCUUCGACAUCGAAGCCAGCGUUGCCGACGACUGUUUGAGCGUACGAUUCACCUACGACAAGGACCUGCCACGGCAAAACCUUGUGGCUAAGUGGAUCGAGCAAUAUGAAGCGAAUCUUGAGCGCGUCAUUGUCGAGCUCGAGCAGCAAUCCGCGUCACCAACUCUGAGCGACUUCCUGUUGCUCAAGAUGAAUCACGCCGAGUUUGACAAUCUUGUUGAGCAGGUCUUGCCACGUCUGGGUGUAACUGAUGUGGCGAAUAUCGAGAACAUCUUCCCCUGCAGUCCGGUUCAAGAGGGAAUGCUUCUCUCGCAGGGACGCUCGCCAGACUUGUACGAAGCACAUGUGAUCUUUGAGGUCAAGGACUCUGCGGCUAUAUCUGUCGACAUCGCCAGGCUGCGGAAAGCCUGGAGCGAUGUCGUUGCCCGCCACCAGGUUCUAAGGAGCAUGUUGGUAGAGUGCCCAGCAGAUGGAAGCAUGUUCCACCAAGUCGUCUUGCGUUCUGUUCAAGAUUCAACAGAGGUGUAUCAGUGCGAGGCAGACGACCCCAGAUUUUGUGCACCGAAAUCAAUCGAGGCAAACCGGACCGAGCAGGAACUUCUGCACCUUACCAAGCUCUACCGCCUUCGGAUCUGCCAGACGAGCCGUGGGCAAGUCUUCCUCAACCUUGAGACGAAUCAUGCCAUCACGGAUGCUGCCACCAUGGCAAUCAUCUUUGGUGACCUGAAGGCCGCAUACGCAGGCACUCUGCCAGCGAGUGGCCCGCAGUACAGUGACUACGUCGAGUAUAUUGGCGAGAUCGACAAGCACGCUGCACUGGCCUACUGGGACGGAUACCUUGCCCGCGUGGCGCCUACAACCAUCAUCUCAACGUCCUCGCUGGCAGACACCACUACGAAGCAGCUUAGCACAGUCCGAGUUCCCAUCGACCUUGAUGGGCCACGACUCGCCGCUUUCUGUUCGGAGCAUAAUGCAACGGUUGCCAACAUCCUCCAGCUGGCGUGGGCUCUUGUGCUGAGGACCUUCACCAGCUCGAACCAGGUCUGCUUUGGAUAUCUCACUUCUGGACGCGACGUGCCUGUCGAGGGCGUCACACGGAUUGCCGGGCCAAUGAUCAAUCUACUUGCCUGCAAUCUCGACUUGGGAGAUUCAACCACACCGCGCGAAGGCCUAGAGGCCGUUCGUGAUGACUACCUCGCGGCACUGCCGUACCAGCACGUAUCCCUAGCCUCCAUCAUGCACGCGCUUGGCCCCAAGCUCCAGGGCAACCAGUUGUUCAACACGAUCAUCACGAUCAGCUCCGGGACGUCCAGCCCGGCCCAGAAGGAUCAGCCUGCCGGUGGCCUUGAAAUCCUUGCCCUCGGCGGCAAUGACCCGACCGAGUACGAUUGUGUGGUUUCCGCAGAGGUCUCGGUAGCUGGUGUGUCCGUGUCAAUCUCGCAUUGGACAGACAAGAUUUCGCACAGGCAUGCCGGUUCCUUGGCAACAACGUUGGCGCAGGUGCUGCGGAGCAUUGUCGAGACGCCUGCUGUAUCGUACGCCGACCUUGCCGUUCUUGCACCUGGACAGGCCAUGGAGCUCGCUGAGUGGAACAACUACGACCAGGAGCUCGACUACGUCAACACCUGUGUGCACACCAUUUUCGAGAGACGGGCUGCCAGUAGUCCAGACAGCCCUGCCGUCUGUUGGAAAGGUGGAUCGUUCUCGUACAGACAGCUCGACGGCUUGGCCCAGAAGUUGGCCCUGUACCUGCGAGACAAGCACAAUGUCAAGCCUGAGACCCUCGUGCCAGUAAGCUUUGAGAAGUCGCCGUGGAUGGUGGUUGCUGUGGCUGCUGUGCUCAAAGCCGGCGGUGCCGCCGUUCCGAUCGACCCGGCACACCCGCGCAGUCGCAAGCAGGAUAUCCUCGAGGAUGUGGGAAGCGGCUUUGUCAUCACCUCUGCCCAGGGCGCGGCUCAGUUUGAUGGGCUAGCCGAGGCGCUCGUCCUUGAUCAGGGCCUAGUGGACGACCUGGAUAGCCGUAGGAAGCGGUUGAGUGCUGCUAAUGUCUCGGACCAGGUGGUGUGUGCAGAGGUCCGUCCAGAGAACGCGGCGUUUGUUGUCUUCACCUCUGGGUCCACGGGCAAGCCCAAGGGCGUGGUGCUGGAGCACCGGAACGUGAGCACGUCGUGUGCAGCCCAGGCAGUGACGCUGGGCGUGGGACCAGAGACACGCGUGCUGCAGUUUGCGUCGUAUGCCUUUGACAUCAGCAUUGGUGAUACGUGGACGACGCUGAUGCACGGCGGCUGCGUCUGCAUCCCGACCGAGGAGGAGCGACUCAACGACAUUGCGGGCGCGGUGAACCGGAUGCAGGCAAACUGGAUGUCGCUCACGGCGACCGUCGCCGCCCUCGUCGACCCAGAGAGCGUCCCAUCGCUGAGGACGCUGGUGCUGGCUGGUGAGCGUGUAACGGAGGAGAAUGUCCGGCGCUGGGCUCCGCGCGUGCGCACCCACGUCUGCUGGGCCCCGGCCGAGUGUACAAUCUACUGCUCCGCAACAGCUCCCCUCGAUGCUGCCCACAACAUCCCAGCCAGUGUCGGCAGGCCACUAGCCAGCAGGAUCUGGCUGACCCAGCCUGGCAAUCCCCAUGCUCUGGUGCCGCCGGGCUGUCUGGGCGAGGCCUGUGUUCAAGGCCCGUUGCUGGCCCGGGGCUAUCUCAACAAGCCAGACCGCACCCGCGAGAGCUUCAUCGACAACCCGCGGUUCCUACUCGCCACUGGGGCCUCGCCACCGGUACCGUACUGCGAUGCUGCCGGCAAUAAGACCGCCAAUGGCGCCGGUCCGCUGCUGCGUGUCUACAGGACCGGAGAUCUCAUGCGCCAGGAGGCCGAUGGGACUCUGACUUUUGUUGGGCGCAAGGACAACCAGAUCAAACGUCACGGCCAGCGUCUCGAGCUUGAGGAGAUUGAGCACCACCUGCGGGGCCAGCAUGUGGUCGGUGACGCUGUCGUCUGCGUGCCAGCACGGGGGGCUGCCAGAGACCAUCUCGUGGCCAUCGUCUCCUCUUCGUCUACAGCGAUGAACGGCGUCACAAGCACCAGCCACCUCGAGAUCCUGGACAGACAUGAGCUUGACAUCAUCCAAUAUGAUGCCGCAGGCCUGCGGCUUCAUAUCGCAGAAAGAGUCCCCUCGUACAUGAUUCCCACCAUGUGGAUCAUGGUGAACAGCAUCCCCCUCGGAGCUACAGGCAAACUGUCCAGACAGCUAGCGCUCGCGUGGUUGGAGGCCAUGACCGAGACCGACUAUCGCCGUGUUCUCGCCCAGGCCUCAGGAAACCCCAGAGGUGAUGUCGAGCCUGCCUUGAGUCCCAUCGAGACCUCCAUCCGAGCCACCAUUGCCCAGGCGCUCAACCUCGAGGCAGACCAGGUCUCGCUGGAUUCAACGUUCCUGAGUCUUGGCGGCGAUUCCAUUUCAGCAAUGCAGAUCGCUUCGCAAUGCCGGGCUGCCGGCAUCAACUUCAGCGUUCGGGAUCUGCUUCGGAACAACACGCUGAGAAAGCUUGCGAUUCUUGCCAAUCCGACUAGCAACGAAACGAUCCAGAAGGGGUCUUCCGCAGCCACCAGGUCUGCCCUUGAUUCGCGUAACAGGCUCCCAGUGGUGCCGGAAGACUUUACCCUGCUGGCGCUCAACAACGAAACCCUCGAUGCACUGCGGUCAGCCGUUGCGAGAUGCACGGGCAGGCAGCAUGCCACCAUUGAAGCGGCAUACCCAUGCACGGCGGUCCAAGAGGGCAUUCUGUUGAGUCAGAGCAAAGACGGGUCGCACUACAACAUUGAGCUUUCAUGGAAGAUGUCGUGGAAAGAGCAAGGGCGUCCACCCUUGACUCCGGACUCGGUAGCUGAUGCCUGGCAGGAGCUGGUGCAGCGGCACUCGAUCUUGCGGACUGUCUUCGUGCCCAGCUUCCGGGAUGCGAGUGCAUAUGAUCAAGUUGUCGUUUCGGACAUGGGAUCAGCCUCAGAGAUCAGAGUUGAUGGGGUGCGCCGUGGAUUCACCAGUGUCCUUGCAAAGGACCAGCAAGCUUUACCAACGCAUCUCUUCAGUGUCAGCUCGUCCAGCCACCAUGGGGAGGUCCUGUGUCAUCUCCAGAUCUCUCAUGCGCUUCUCGACGGUUCCAGCAUGAACCCGUUGCUGGAGGAGCUGGGAGCCAUCCUUGCUGGUACUCUUGCUUCAACUCCACCAUUACAGUUUGGGCAGUACGUCGAGCACCUCGACAGCAAGGAGUCUGCCGAGACCACCUCACUCGAGUACUGGCAGCACUAUCUGUCUGGCUCCACGCCGACGCAUGUGCAAUUCAGUUCUGUCAGCGAGCAACAACGACAGCCCGAGCCGCAGCCGCGAAGCGUUGCAGUGUCGCUGGAUGCCGAAACCUGUCGGAGUCUGUUCGCCCUCUGCCGACAGCGGCAAGUCACGCCGGCCAGCGUCCUCCAUGCGGCAUGGGCUCUAGUCCUGAGUGUCUAUGCUGGCUCUCGAGAUGUUUCCUUCGGCUAUCCUUCUUCUUGGCGUGAUGUGCCCCUGCCUGGGAUCGAGCAAGCCAUCGGGCCGUAUCUUUCCAUGCUCGUGUGCAGGGUUGACAUGACACAACACACAACCCUGGCGCAUCUCAUCACUACCAUAUCGCGCCAAUCUAUGCAGGACAAAGAGCAUCAGAAUGUGUCUUUGGCUAGAAUCCAGCAUGCUCUGGGUCUCGCGUCUGAGCAGCCGCUCUUCAACACGACGAUGUCGAUUACGCGAGAAGACUCGCCCUCGAACACGGCACCAGCGAUGCCGUCAGCCUUGACACUUCGCAAUGAUCUAGACGAUCUUUUCAGCUGGGAGGUCCUUGAUGGCAACAGCCCCAGCGAGUACGCCUGCGUAGUCCAAGUGGCUCUCGACAGAUCGUCCAGCAUCACCUCCAACAUAUUCUACUGGGCUCACCAAAUCUCGCCAGACCUCGCCAGCAGCAUUUCAAGAUCCUUUGCGGCUGCCAUAACCACCAUCACCAACGCACCCAAUCAGGAAAUUUCCAGAGUUUCACUCUGCAGCGAGUUUGACAAGAACCGGAUUCAGCAGUGGAAUCAUGCCAACCUUGCGCCUCUCGCGGGCUGCAUCCACGAGCCCUUCGAGCAGCAGGCUCUGCUGCGGCCAGAGCAGGACGCAGUCAUCGCAAGCGACGCCACGCUGACAUAUCGCCAACUGGAAGAUCUUUCUACCAGGCUUGCGGUCCAUCUUCAAUCUCUCGGCGUCGGUCCUGAAGUCCUCGUCCCGUUCUGCAUCGAAAAUACAGCUUUGGCUGUGGUGGUCAUGUUUGCCAUCGCCAAGGCUGGGGGUGCCUACGUGCCUCUGGAGCCCUCUGACCCUCUCGAACAGAUUGAGAGUAUCCUCGAAAGUAUCUCUGCGCCCGUGGUUGUCGCCUCAGUUCCUCAAUCAUCGCAAUUGAGAAAGGAUAGCCGCACAAGGGUAGUAGUCCCUGUCAGUCUUGCCUUCAUCGCGCAACUUCCAGCAGCAGCCACCGGCGACUUGGAUUCGGCACGAACAUCGCAGCCCACCAACAGCGCCGCCGUGUUCUUCGCACCUGAUAGCACUGGCGGUACACCUAAGGGCGUCGUAUUUGAACACCGGGCGUUGCACACCAGCAUGAAUGCCUACGGCGAGUUGCUUGGCAUCAGCCCUUCGACACGCACUCUUCAGUUCUGCGCUUACUGGGACAACCAAGUUGUCCACGACAUCUUCACCACCCUGGCGCAAGGCGGUACAAUCUGUGUCCCCUCGGCAACAGAACGGUUGGAUGACCUGGCUGGUGCCAUCAGUCGGAUGCAAGUCAACUACGCAUACCUCCCAACAACCGUGUGCCUCAGCCUUGCCACCCUGGACCCCGUGCCGAGUCUCAAGCAGCUCGUGCACGGCGGAGGCCCUAUCACUCGCGAGUUCCUGGAUGCAUGGGCAGGCAGAGAAGGCAUCCGAGUUUUCCAUUGCUACACACCAAACUCCGAUUCUCUCUUGCCCACAGCACAAGCCGUCUCGGGUGAUAUGUCGACAUCUACAAUCUGCAGACCCACAGGCGGACAUGCCUGGAUCGCGAAUCCACACAAUCACCAUGACCUGAUGCCUCUGGGCACCGUGGGGGAGCUUGUCCUUCAAGGCUCGACUUUGGCACGCGAGUAUUUUGGAGACUCCCAAAGGACCCGUGAGUCAUUUGUCGAGGCACCGGACUACUGUCGCACCGACUCGAUUGGUAGCGACGAUGCCGCUGAUGUUGGCGGGACCAAGGGCCACAUCCAUCUCCGCUGCUACAAGACGGGCCGCUUGGCAUUCUUUGGACCCGAUGGGACUAUCCAUGACGCGGGACCGAAGGACAGUCAGAUCAAGGUCAACGGACAAAGGAUCGAACUGGGCGAAGCCGAAUACCAUCUGCGACAGGCUCUAGGGCCGGAGGUACAAGUUGUUGUAGAUCAGAUCAAAGUCGGUGAGGCGAAGGUGCUUGCGGCAUUCCUUUGUCGCACAAACGAAAGGGUCAGCAUGGGCACCGAGACCACUACUGCAGAAAGUGUUAUCCGACCGGUGACCGAACUCCUUCCUGACCUCGAGGAGCUGGAGGCUACCCUUGGCCGAGCCUUGGGCGAGGUCGAGGAGCAUAUCAUGGCGUACAUGGUGCCCCAGAUAUUCCUGCCUAUCACGCACAUUCCUAUCAACACCACGGGUGAAGUUGAUCGCGCAGCUCUGCGGGAAGCCGCUCAUGUCUUGAGCAUCACGGAGCUUCCUCGUUACUCUCUCUUGCGAUCGGCAUCUGGACUGUACGAGGCCGGCGGGCGUGAUACCGACGAAGCAUGGCCGACAACGGCGCAAGAGGAAAUACUCGUUCAGCUCGCAGCCGAGAUACUCAACGUCGGCGUCGAUAGCUUGGGAGCACGAAGCAACUUCUUCCGCCUGGGGGGAGACUCGAUCUCCGCGAUUAAACUUGCAGGCGCGGCACGCAAACAAGGAGUGUUCCUGACCGUGGCGGACAUCUUCCAGAAUCCUACAAUAAAGAGCUUUGCAGCCUGUGCAGCUGCAAAGUCGCAGACGGACUCUCAGAGCGACGCACUUCCGGUAGUGAAGCCAGUGUAUGAGCCCUUCAGCGCCUUGCCAGAUGAUCUGCCGCUCGACGACAUGCUGGCACAAUCUGCUAGAUAUGCUGGGCAUUCUUACAGCUCGGCCAUGAGCGCACUUGACCAUCUGGUCGACGUCGCCGAUGUAUUGCCCGCAACGGAAUACCAGGAGUGGGCGCUCGCCUGCAGCAGCAUGCACGAUCACGGUUACAACAACUGCUUCAGCCUGGAUCUAGGGCGACAUGAGGCGUUGAGUGACCCUAGCGCGGUGGCAGCAGCUCUGCAACGACUGUCUGACCACCAUCCUGUCCUCCGCACGUCUUUCGCGAUGUGCAGAGAUAUCCUGUACCAGGUUGUCCACAAAGGACCAAUCAUCCGGUUCGAGCACCAUGACCUCCUACAUCCACAGCAGAACCAGGAGCAGGAUAGGGUCGCUCCUCCGCGGAGUCGUGAUGAGAUCGCGCAGUCUCUCGUACAAGACCAUAUGCCCCUAGGACAGCUGGCCGUUCGAUUUGCCCUGGUUCGCGAGCAUGACGCAAGAAACUCCCUCUUGGUGAGACUACCGCAUUGUCUGUACGACGGCAUCUCGCUGCCCCUGAUGAUGCGCGAUCUUCGAGCAGUGUUGGACGACGUUGCGGGACAAUCAGUCACCCCGCUGCGCCCCGUGGUGCCGUUUGCGAACUUUAUUAACACCACGCACCUGGCCGACAAGUCACCCUCGGUGGCUUUCUGGGCCGAAGCCCUGGGUGGCUCGACCAUGACAAGCCUGGUAGACCAUGCAAGUCCAUCGGUAGGAAACGUCCUCAACCAGCGGCUCGACCGCACCAUCUCCGUGCCUGAGUGGUCUUCUCACGGCUCGGACAUCACUUUUGCCACCGUUCUGAAGGUCGCCUGGGCUCGGACCCUAUCUUUGGUGACGGGGCUCGACGAUGUCGUGUUCGGCCACGUCACUGCCGGCAGGAGCGCGGCCAGCGUAGACGACAUCGAGUCCAUCGUGGGGCCAUGCGUCAACAUUGUCCCCGUGCGAGUCAAGACAUCUUGCUCCACUCCUCUUCAUGUCAAUGGCGAAGGAGACGACGACAACCGCAACCACAACAACACCGAGAGUGGCGGCGUCGGCGAACUGCUCCGAGAAACACAAUCACACGCCGUACGCGCACUGGCUCACGAGGCCCUGGGUUUCCGCACCAUCGUCGACCAGUGCACGCAGUGGCCCAAGUGGACGAGGUUCAGCUCGGUCGUGCAGCACCAGAACCUGGAGGAACAAAUCGUUUCGUCCUCCACGGCCGCGGCGACGCUGGCGAAGGAGGAAGAGGAGGAGGAUGGCUUGCUUGAAGAGAACAGCCCGGCCACUCCAAGUAUGCUGGACGCGUACCUGCCUCCCAACGACGCGGCCGAUGUCUGGGUGUGGACCUUGCCCCAGCCUGGCAGCGACAAGAUGCGCGUCGAGCUCGAGUUCAGCGACUUGACCAUCACGCCAGUAGCCGCGCGAGCAUUGAUGGAUAUCCUCUGCGACCAACUCGUCGCUCUUACAGCUGGCACGGGCGGCGAUUUCAGUGGCCCCAAGCUAGACCUGGAAGCGCAGAGGGCUCUGGCGUGGACCCCAGGAGGUUGGCAGAAGAUCCGCGCGACCCAGCAGUCCCGGUGCGCCAAUGUGAAAGUGUGCCGGUCUGGCAAAUCAGGGGUGGCGGAACAGCCCGCGCUCAGCCCCGAGGAGGUUGUCUCUGUGGCUUGGAACACGGUGCUGGGCAUUGGCGGCAGACCUGACGAUGUCGGCGCGGCCUUGGACCGUGAUGACUUCUCCGAGUCCACUACCAGUUCCGAUGGUGCACAAGAAGAAACCGACAACCCGAGUGUCCAGAACGAGAUGAAGAGCACCCCAACCAACGUCGAAGUCGCCAUCCAAGGUCUGGACCGCCUCGAAAAGCACGACAUGGUCACUUCUGUCAUUUCUGUCUCCUCGAGCGACAGCAGAGGAAGCGUCAGCAGCAACGAGAAUCGACUCGCCGAGAGACUCAGCCCGGAGGAGUCUUCCACACCUCGGUCCCAACAUUCAUCAGACAUUGGCUUCGACAAGGCCUCCCUGGAGAAUGCAAUCAUGACACAUCUGGGGCGUUCUCGCCGAGACCUGCAGCUGUCGGACAAGAUUGAAAUACCGUACUACGAGCUUUCGGGCAAAUGCAUGGUCCCUGUGCACAUCGCAGCCGUGUACCGGGCAAGUGGCUACGAGGUGGCGGUCGAGGAUGUCAUGCUGAAGCCCACCAUGCGGGAGCAGAUUGACAUGCUCACUGAGAGUCUUCAGGGUGUUUCUGAGACACGCGUGCUCUAGGAAUGUUUUUUUGGAGAUUUUUGGCGCCUUUUCGAUAAUGCUUCUCCUUUUCUUCUUUUUGCGCAUCUUCUUUUGAUUCUUAUAUGCUUUCAGCAGUCUUUCGUGUUAAUUUAGACUAAUUUCACUCUCCAUUUCAAUGGCUUCCUUAAAUCACCGCACA